UGGUCAGUGCGCACAGCGGGGACAGUUCAGGACACGGGUGGUCGGUGCACACAGCGGGGACAGUUCAGGACACGGGUGGUCGGUGCACACAGCGGGGACAGUUCAGGACACGGGUGGUCGGUGCACACAGCGGGGACAGUUCAGGACACGGGUGGUCGGUGCACACAGCGGGGACAGUUCAGGACACUCACGGUAAGCAGCUUGCAGACCCUCAGCGGCAGGCGGCUCCAGAUAGGGACGACUAGCGGUCAGCGUUCCAGGGACAACCAGCAAUCAGCAGACAGCAGCAGCUCCCCGGGCACUCAGCAGCGGACGGCUUCCAGGGACCCCUGGCCACGGACAGUGUGCAGGAUCCCUCAGCAGCAGCUCCCAGGGCACUCAGCAGCAGACAGCCUCCAGGGACACGCAGCCACGGAUAGUGUGCAGGGUCCCUCAGCAGCAGCUCCCAGGGCACUCAGCAGCAGACAGGGCGUGCAGAGCUGUGGAGACUCCCAAUCCUGGGGUAUUGCAGGGCUACAGUCCUGACCUUUUGGGGGUCUGCAGAGUGCGCAGGGGGGAUGGCUGGGGAGGCUUGGUCCCCCUCAUCUGAGCCUCCCAGCAUCUUUCUGGGAGCAAGAUGAUUCCAGCAGCA